AUGGCGACGAACCAGGACUCGAACACGUUCUUCGGAACGUGGGAGGUAAGGUGUGGGGAGAGGGAAGAGAGCAGUUCGAUUUCGGCUCCCUUACCAUCGUGCCGCACCAUCCCCGCCAAUUCGGCUGUCCCAUCUGACCGUCUGCUUCCGUUCCAGAUUGUAGAGUCGUUUCUGGACGGGACGACCGAAGCGUUGGGCCUGAAUGGGGUCAAGUUUCGGCUUGAUGAGAUGGGCGAUAUUAUCUGGUACAAUGACCUGGUGAGUACAACGAGCAACCGCGGCACCGGCCACCGGCACCAGGCACCGGCGGCGGUCGGCGGCCAGGCCCACUGUCCGGUCAGCAACUCGACCGCGGUCCUGUUCAGCUGCGAAACGUUCGAGGUGGUGCAGCUGGCGUCGAACGGGCCGUGUCUGAUCUUCGGCGCGUACACCGGCCACAGCAUCGAGUUCCGCACCAACAGCUACAACCCACGCGAGCGGAUGUCGCUCCGGUGCGACGGGUGGUGCCAGCUGCACUGCCGGCGUGUCCAGAACGACCAGUCCGUCGGCCAGGAGGAACCGUUCACGCUCCUGUCCGUGCUGGACGACGGCAACUUCUGUGAUGUGACCCUCACGAGCAGCGACAAUGUGACCUGCCACGUCCACUCGCCGAUACUCCGCUUGAACGGCUUCGACUGUAGCAGCGCCAUGACGGCGAUUACCGGCGUGUCGACCGGCGGCACUUCGCCGUGCUCGCAGCGCCCCUACACCACUCCUGCCCCGCACGGCUGUCCGAUGUCGACCGGCUGCAGCUGGCUGUCGGCUGCCCGGUGCAGUACACCGCGCGUCAUAGUGCCGGCGGACGGCUCGUUGCCCGGGCCAGGACUCUGGACGGGCCAGUCCAGUACCACCGACACCACAGUCGCCGACAGUCCUUUCACACUGAAUCCCAACUUCCUGCUACCGCCGGACGCCGUGCUGGACUCGGUGAAUGGUGGUUUGGCGAAGCAGGUGUCGAACUCGUUCCACUGUCUCACCGACAGUGCCGCUACACGAGCGGAGGGAACCUUAGCCUUGGAGGGCUUGUUCUCGCUCGACCGGCCGAAGCGGGCCGCGUCCUGCUCCGACUCGCAUCUGAACGCCCAUCGGCAGAGCGUGUUCUACUUUCCGGACGUCCGGACGGCCCCAGCAGCAACACUCCGGUCGGGCAUCACGAAGUUCAAGACGACGCCGGGCUCUCCGUUCAAACCGGCGCCGCACAGCCAGUCACCGUUUCCGGCCGCGCUGGACACGCCACCGUCCUCGCCACUGACGCCCCUGUCGGUGCUGCAGAACAUCCCGGCCGACCUAUUGUCCACCGUGCUGCACUGGCUGUACUGCGAGUGCCUGCCGGAUCGACUGGACGAGGACGCCUGCCGCCAGCUGAUCGACCUCUGUGACCGUACGGCGCCACUCGCCCGAAUGGGCGAACCGUGCCGGAACUACCUGCGAAACAUCCAGCUGAAGCAGUUCGUCAUCGACAUCAUCAACGACCUGCACGACAGCCUCAACCACCUGGUGCAGCUGAUGCACCCUGGCAGCAUCUCGCGCAGCCCGUGCGUUCUGUGCCAGGUGUUCAAGGAGGGCGUUAAGGAGACGCUGACCGCCAUCGUGAAGCUGCUGCAGUUCUGCAACAUCUUCACCAAGGACGCGACCAGCUUCACGCGGUACCAGCGCCACGAGAUCAUCAAGUACGUGCGCACCCGGAUGCCGGUCUACCUGUCGCAGGUGCACCAGCUCCUGCAAAACGUCAACCUGGUGCUCGGAAGCCUCACGCCGGACGACCGGAACGACCUGGUGUCGUACCUGGUGCCGGAGAUAACGGCCGCCCUCGAGCUAGUGACGGCCGCGGUGACCGAGGUGAAGCUCUCGCUCGAGAAGGUGUGCAAGGAUCUGAAGGGCACACAUCAGCAGCAGCAGCAGCAGCAGCAGACGAACACGACAACACCGUGUGGAGCCAGCCAUCAACAACAGCAGCAGCUGGAGUAUGCUACGCAACCGGGUCGGCUGACACCGGGCCGGGUCAGCCCGGCUCGAGGGUCGGCCGAGCGGCUUGGGACCCGGAUGCGGGUGCACUGCACCACGGCGGCGGCGGCGGCGACGGCGACGGCCACCACGGACUCGACCGGCCAGUCGGCGGACCUCCGCUUCUUCCUCUACAUGUACGAGGUGAAGAAAAUGCGCGACAUUUACGGGCGUGUCACGAGUGCACUGGAGAUGCUGCUGCGCAAGAAGAGCACCUUCAACGAGAUGCACCUGUUGCACCAGCACCAAACGGUGCGCCACAACCUGGAGCAGCUGGUCGUGGAGGUGCCGGCGGCGAUCGGCCAACUGGAGGAGCUGUGCGACACGAUUGACGAGAAGAUCGGCUGGAAGGAGUUCAAGUUUUGCUUCAAGUUUCUCACCAGCCAAGUGAACGGCAUUGUCUCGAAGCUUCUGGAACACAAGGCUGCUCUGAAUGACGCGAUGCUUUAUAUAUCCACGCUGGUGCAGAAGAAGCAGUUCACGUACGCCCUGAUGGAGCUGGGGCUGCUGGACAAAUGCAGCGUCGAUCCGGGGCAGGUGCAGGAGUGCACGCAAAAGCGGAGUGCGGUCCGAUCGAGCGCUCAGCGCCGGUUCGAGUACUCGAGCGUCAAGGUCAAUCUGGUCAAGAGCCUGUGUGAACCGCCAACGGCGGCCCACAGCAUCCUGGCGAAGAACGCGCUGAAGCUGCUGCAUUCGGGACAGCUCACCGACAUGGAGUUCGAGGUGGUAGUCCCGAAGGCGGACCACGAGAUCGAGAACGUGGUCGCCACCGGUAGCUGUGACUAUGGCCCGGAUGGGCCGAACGGACCGGUGCCGAUGGUGCGGGCUACGAACACCGCGCUGAAGGUGGGCACCUCGAAGGGCUCCCAGUCGCACUGCUUCAAGGCUCACCGAGUGAUAGUGGCGGCCCGGUGCGAGUGGUUCAAGAAGGCGCUCCUCUCCGGCAUGCAGGAGGACAUCAAUCGCAAAAUCGUCAUCUACGACACCUCGGUUGUGAUAUUCCGACGUUUACUCCUCUACCUGUAUGGCGCCCCGGUGGACAAGUCCGUCAGCGUGGAGCAACUCUGCGAGCUGAUGCUGCUGGCCGACCGGUACUCGGUGGACAACCUGAAGGCGAUCUGCGAGGAAACGCUCGUCGCGUCCAUUGACGCCGAGUCCGUCAUCUAUCUGUACGGCAUCUCCGAUCGCUUCAAUGCGUCCGCGCUACAGGCCAGCUGCCUGUCCUACCUGUCACAGCACACGGAGCUCACGCAGCUGGACAUUUUCCAGCAACUGCCAGCGAAUCUGCAGAACGAGGUCCAGGACCUGAUCCGAUGGUGUGGCCGCGUACCGGAACCGUGGUACGACUGCGCCGAACGCUCGCGCUCUGACCCGCGCUCCCGCCACAGUCUUCGAAGCCCAUCGAAGACCUCAAGAUCGUCCCACUCCCGGAAACAUUCUCCCUCGUUCAUGUGACCCUGAGCCGCAACCAGGCGCAUCCGGUAUCACAAUGGCGUAGCAAAGUCGUCGGACAUGGAGUAGCGCGUCGUCACGUCCGGUCGGCGUAAUGGUCGGUAGUCGGAACGGGAGCCUAGCGUAGUGUGUUGUGGCAAAAUAGGCGAGACAAAACUAGCAAAUGUAAGAGGAGGCAAUUGUUAUAAAUUCAAACAUUUAAAGGUCGGGUGCAGAUGAUAAUGCCGGGGUGACGGGUGACGGGUUGACGGACUGGUUUAGAACGGCAAUCCCCGUAUUUUGCUGUCCGUUCCAAGCAAUGAAAGUGAAGCAUGUGCUAUGCACACAUCGCAGCAAGAGAAUGGUGCAGGGGCAAAAAAGCAUUUAAGUGGCCACACACAAGCUGGCGGGUAACACUAUUGCCACCGGUUUUCCAGUGAGAAUUGAAUAAAGA